AUGACUGACCAAAAACGAAUAUCCACCGGCCGCGGAGGCGCAGGAAACAUGGUUUCUGUCCCAGGAACUGCAACUACAGGAACAGGAACAGGAACUGGAACUGGAGCUGGGGCUGGAGCUGGAGCUGGAGCGGCAACGGUUACAUCCCGGACCCCAGCUGACCUUGUAACGCCCACUAUCAAGUCGGAUAUGUAUACCACAGGCCGUGGCGGGUCGGGGAAUAUAGUUGCCAAUGACGAUCCGGCCGUCGCACGCAUGGCGCAGGAUGUGGAAGUAGAUGUGAUAGGGGAGAGUAAGGGGGAGAAGGUGUUUUUGGGGAGGGGUGGUGCGGCCAAUAUAUAUGAUACCUCCACUGAGAUGGACAACAACAAGGAUGCCCAUUGA